GAAGAUAUAGUAGUCUGGAUAGACAACUUCCGGUAGAGGGGUUUAACAUAGUUAAUUAUUAAUGAAUUAUUAAUAAUUAGUUAAUUAUUAAUUGAUUAUUAGUUAAUUAUUAAUUGAUUAUUAGUUAAUUAUUAAUUAAUUAUCAAUUAGGUGUUUGUUGAUAUCGGUGAGGUCAAAAGCGAAGAGUCGUUAUGGGGAUGAACAUAAUUAAUUUUAAAAUUUAUGUUAGACAAAGCGGUCAAGUUGGACAUGGAUAUUUUUUGUAAUGUGUGGAGAGUAUGGAUUGAUGAUGGGACAAUAGAAUUAGGGAUGUGUGUUGGUCAAGUUCACUCUUGGUGGUUUUGGAUGCAGGUAGAUGUUUGCCAAGCAGCUCAUCUGUGCGUGUGGAGAGUAUGGAUUGAUGAUGGGACAAUAGAAUUAGGGAUGUGUGUUGGUCAAGUUCACUCUUGGUGGUUUUGGAUGCAGGUAGAUGUUUGCCAAGCAACUCAUCUGUGCGUGUGGGGAGUAUGGAUGCAUAUUUUGGAUGCAGAUAGAUGUUUGCCAAGCAGCUCAUCUGUGCGUGAUUGGUGAACUCGUCGAAGGAAAUGCUGUGAUUGGUCGGCGGUGUGGUGCAUAAGAAUGUGUAGAGUUGUGAUAGCUAAUUGGUUGAAACGUCAGUCGGUAUCUGGUCAGUGAGGUGGUCAUUGAGGCGUGUGCUAGCGCGUGAUUGGUGAACUCGUCGUAGGAAAUGCUGUGAUUGGUCAAAGGUAUGGUGCAUACAAACGCAUAGUAAAGCAAAGACAUAAAUAGCGGGAAAUUCAUAGUGGAUGGUUAUCAUUUUUGCCCUGAGCUACAGACUGAGAUCACAUCAACUUCGUUACUUCGAUACUAGUAAUUCAUCUUCAUCAUGGCUUCAUUCAACCUCCAAAGCAGAAGAAGCAGUCGCAGCAGCACCAUUAGCAGUAGCUAAGGAGAGAGUGCCUGAGCAGAGAAAGAUCACGAUACCUCCCCCUUCUGGAUUCGAAGCAUUGAUGAACGUGGUCAACAAGAUGGAGGAGGAACUGAAUGGUGCAGCCUUUCUCUCAAGAACGGUAGAACCAGCCCCUACAUCGCCAAAAACACCCGAACUGUUCAUCCUAAAUGAUGAUGACGAUGCGUCACCCCCACCAGCCCCUGUGGUAGCUGGCCGCCACCGUCUUCAAAGGCAACAUGCUGUCAUGGUCCAUGCUACACCAUGUGGGAGACCAGUCAUGCCAGUGGUAACUGAAGAGCCAAGGAUAGGAGCCGCAUCGAGGCAACCACCACCACCAUCCCCUGAAAUAGUCGUCAUUUCGGAUGACGAAAAUGGUGACGUAGACGAAACCAUCAACAAUCUUUUUCCGACAAUACGCCGAAGAUUAGACUACGAAAUGGAGGAGGAUGAAGAGGGCAAGGAAGAGGAGGAGGAGAAAGAGGUUGAUGAUGACUCGGGGAUGGAAGAGGGGGAGAUAGUUGAACCGGAGGACUCAGACAUGACAGAUGUCGCGGAGAAUAUUCCGGUAAGAAUGAACGUACCCUCUGGCCCUCUUAUAAUGGCAAUAAACUCGUUGACAAAUAAAGUAAACUAAGUUGUCUACGAGAACUGUAUAUGGUGUAUUAAUGAAUGUGGUGGGCAGCGAGACCACCCUGAAUGUUUAUGGUUAUCAAGAAACGAAAAGAUUGAUAAAUAUUUUGAAGCAGCGUUAGCCAGGUUAGAUUUUAAAGAUUUUUUUCAACCAAUUUGAUAACGUAUACAAUGUAAAAUGCAUGUUUGAAGAAGAUCAAGAUAUGUGUGUCGAAGAAGCGUCAAGCUUCUAUCAUUUUGACCUUCGAAAAAACGAUAUAAAAUCCCAUUUAAAGGCAAAACUGAAAGAAAUGUAAUGGUCCAGAGAACUUAAUGUGAAUUCUACAAAAUUUGAUUUUUUUACUUGUCUCUCCCCCUCCCCUUGGAUAUUGUGAUGCUUAUUUAACUAAUUUUUGGUUCAAAACCAAAAGAGCCAUCUUGAAAUAUUACUUUGAUUUUUCUGAUGUUUAACUUUAUUGAACAACCUGUAAAGACAUUUAUUUGUUAGAAUGAUUUUGUUGUUGUUGAUUUUCUGAUGUUUAACUGAUAUUGAAUAACCUGUAAAGACAUUUAUUUGUUAGAAUGAUUUUGUUAGUAUGCAACUGCCAAAAAGACAAAUAUCAAUUUUGAAUCUAAAACCAAAAGAGCUAUCUUGAUAUAUUACUUUGAUUUUCUGAUGUUUAACUUUAUGAAUAACCUGUUAAAAAUGUUUUCCAGUCAGUUAGGAUUGGUUUAUUUUUCAACCUAUCCUUUGUUAGUAUACAACUGGUAAAAGAUGAUAAUCAAUUCUUUGUACUUUAAACAGAAUUUCAUUUAUGUUUUCUUAAUUUCGUUUGUAUAUGCACAUAUUUGGUUAUUUUCCUUUGUUAAUAUUUUGUUUUAAACGCUGAUUUCUUCCUUGCAUUAUCAGUAAAUUUAUUCGAGACAAAACAUUUAAUUAAGUAUGAAAUAAUCUUUUCUUUGCAAAAUUAUUUAAAGUUUGUAUAAAAAAAAGGGGGAAAAAGAAAAUCAGGCCGAAUUUAAUAAGUUGUUAUAUCAUGUUUAAUCAGAAUAACGUUGAUCUUAAAACACUGAAGAAGAAAACAGGGUAUGUUUUUUGUUGUUGUUUAAAAUGUUUUGAUCAUUUUUUUAUGUUUAUCAGUGUACAUUUCAUUUUGAGAAUUUGGUUAAUACAUAACCUCUAUCAAGACCAAGAGCACCACAAUCAUCCAUGAGCCACCAUCUAGCUACCACUCCAUACUCAUCGUGUACUCCUGUGGUUGUACCAGUACCAACAUUCAACCACGCGCUUCAUUCAUCAUCGUCACCACCCAUGUUCGGGGUCUACCCUCAUCAUGAUCAACCCAUCCAUGUUACGAUGUCGUCAAUGAAGGUCCGUUCUACAAGGAAUCGACGAUCACGCCGAGUGGUAAUCAAGGAUGAGGAAGAGGAGAUCAUCGACGUCGUAUCGCUCUGAAGAAUAUGGACUUUGUUUUGAUGUGGUACACUUGGAUAAUGUAUUUGAGAUUUGAAGUCAUAUAUGUUUCAAAGGUAUUUUUACAAAAGAAAACACAUUUUUCAGGGUGAACUUCCCCGAUUUAUGUCUCUCUCUCUCUCUUUAUAACGAAUUGUAUUUUUAUUUCCUCUCAUCUCCUUUCCCUUCCUUUUCUUUCAACUGGUUGGCCAAUCGAAGAUAUAAGUUGGAAGUUCACCCUGACAAUUUUUUUAUUGUACAAAUGGCAGGAAAAUGAUCAAGAAUAUUAAAGGUUUGACGAAAAUUCAUCAAAAUAACGAAAAAACCCACCAAAGUUAAUAGAAUGGCACUUAAACACAAAUUGUGACGUCAUAUAUCUUUUGGUAGGAAAAUGAAUGAAAUAUCAUUUUCUAAAAAAAUAAAUGAAAAUGCUUUGUUGGCACUUUAUACAUAAUAGCUGACAUUUUUGUUCACCCCCAUUCAAACAAAUAUUUUAGUCAUCAUGAACCAUUAAAUGUAAAUUAUGGAUUUCAUAUUACAAUAUGGAGUAGCUGCUCGUAUAUGAAGUCAAAUUAACAAAUUUAAACUCUAAAAACUUACGUAAUCUUUUAUGGAUUUUUCCUCAAACCUUCCCCAAUAUUUCUAUUUUUUUAUUCAGGGUGAACUUCCGCUUUAAGAUUUGUGUCUUAUUUUAGAAGGAUAUGAAUUCUUAUUUCCUUUUCCAUCAUUUGCAUCUCUUUCCUUCUUCCUUUACUUCAUCAUUUCUUUUUUUUCUUCCCUUUCUCUCCCUUUCCCCUCCCUUUUCUUUCACCUCUCCCUUUACAUCUCCCUUUUGUGGGGGGGGGGGGGGUGGAACCAGGCCCCUUCAGCCCCCAAGGAUCCCCAAAACACUUACGAUGAGGCGGCAUAUGAUAAAAAGGUUGCGUGUUAUUUGAUAUAAAUACAAUUUUGAAUAUUUUGAUAUUUUUGAACACAAUUUUCAUGCAUAGAAUGGGCUGACAAUUUUGGGAUAUAAUUUUUGUAUGUAGCCUUAAGAUGUUUAAGGUGGUCAAAAGGGGAGGGGAUAUCAAAGGAAAAAUAUAAGCAUUAUAAAGAGAGAGCUUUCUGAAAGUAUCAGUCAUCAAAGAAGAAAAAAGGCCAAUACAUCUUCGUGAAAUCGUAACAUUAUAUUGUACUGAACUAUUAAUGACCUUGUACAAAAGUUUAACAUAGGCUUUAAAUCUCUAAUUACAGAUUUUCCUUCGUUAUUAUUUUUUUCAGCUGCAGAAUUACCCCCACCUCUGAUUCAUUGUUCAGGGGCUUCCAAGAAACAACACAUUUAGUCAAUUCAUUUCAAAUUGUUUAAAGGGACAUUAUCACGGACGUAACAGAAGUUAUACUAAAAUAAAAAGUUUCUAAAUAGAUGAAUAUUUGCCACUCGAAUAUAGAAAUUUCUUGUUUCAACAGGAAUCUAUUUGUGAUAGAAAUUCUAUAGGACCCACUGAAAAAAAUCUAGUAUAAUGAUUUAGAGCAAUCCACUUCAUAUACGUUUUUUACAGGCAUUUUUUAAAAGUAUCGUAAUAAGUCUUUACUAAAGAUGCUGUUACUAUGUGUUCGUUCAUAUUCUUUGAUGUAUUAAUAAAAUAAAUAAGUAUUCUGUGACUACUUAAUCGAAAUAUGGCAAUUUUGUGUCGAAAGUAACCAUAUCACUCUGUAACCUUUAUGGACUAAAGAAAAUCCCAUCGAGAUGGAUUGAGUACCCUAAAAUAGACUUUGACUAUAAUUUCCCAUCCUACCUGUUAACAGUGUAGAUCUAUUCAUUGAUAAGUGUCACCCAGCUGGAGUAUUCUUCUUUCUAUUGCAUUCUUACCUCCAUGUCACUAUUCAAAGCCGAGAGAUGACCCGUCCGUUGUGACUGGUGAACGACCUGUCAUUGAUAAGCAUCGGACAAUGCCCGAAGAUCCUCCUAUUGGUCAGACUUUGUGAUGGUUGAACUUGACAGAUAGAAGCCCGGGAUUAGCGGCAUAGGAUCAAGAUCAGAUGGAUCUCUGAUCUUACCGGCUCAUUGAGUCGUCCAGUGGUAGAUGAAAGGAUUCAUGAACGAGUUUGGUCAGUUAGGAUAAAUAGCUAUCAAAUUCUCGACAUAGCAUCAUUUAUGCUUUGAGCUUUCGCCAGUGCACAACUACUACAACUAACCCUGGACACUAUCAUUAUUGGUCAUCAUUACUUCAGUUUAUAAGAGUAUAUCAUUACAACUAUACAUCUUGGCAUCUGUCUUGGACUUGAUUUAAGUGGAAUAUUAUAUUGGCAGCAUGGCUUCUCUGACUUCAAACUCCCUGAAGCUAGCUCGUGUGAUAUUGGCAAACCAAGUCCCCUGGCCAUGUUAGCUGCAACCUGUCGAAAGAUUGGCACAUCACCAGGC